UCACACUGUCAGCAGCGUCUUUUGAGCGGUUCCGGCUGUUUAUUGCAGUUUUUAACAAAAUAAAACAUAAUUUACAAUGUUUUACCACAUAUCGCUGGAGCACGAGAUCCUGCUGCAUCCACGCUACUUUGGUCCGCAACUGCUGGAAACCGUGAAGCAGAAACUCUACUCCGAGGUGGAGGGCACCUGUACGGGAAAGUAUGGAUUCGUGAUAGCCGUGACGACGAUAGAUCAGAUCGGAUCCGGUGUCAUUCAGCCGGGCCAGGGAUUCGUGGUGUAUCCGGUGAAAUACAAGGCCAUCGUCUUCCGGCCGUUUAAGGGCGAAGUACUGGACGCGGUGGUCAAGCAGAUCAACAAAGUGGGCAUGUUUGCAGAGAUCGGUCCGCUGUCCUGCUUCAUCUCUCAUCACUCAAUUCCCGCCGAUAUGCAAUUCUGUCCAAAUGGCAAUCCGCCCUGCUACAAGAGCAAAGAUGAGGACGUGGUCAUUUCCGGAGAGGAUAAAAUACGGCUAAAGAUUGUGGGAACACGAGUGGACGCCACGGGAAUCUUUGCCAUUGGCACCUUGAUGGACGACUACCUGGGUCUGGUGUGCAACUAGAAACUUUCGUCUUCUGUACAAUUUAAAUAUAUAUAUUAAACUUUAAUGAAAUGCA